CCCUCUUUCCCGCGCUUCGAUCCAGAUCCCAAGUUACAUUUCACUGUCUCCUUAUAGAGCUCGAGGUGUGUGAGUUCUCAGACAGCCUGAUCUCAGCAUGCCUUCCGAGAGAUCCUCAGCAGAAGGGGCUGCAGGAUGCCCCCAACUCUCAGGGGCCCACUCAGGGAGAGGGAGCCUGGAAAAGGGGCCCCCAGCGGACAAGGAGAUUAAGGAGCACCUGUGGAUUCGCCCCGAUGCCCCAAGCAGAUGCACCUGGACACUGGGCCAGCCUGUCGCCAACUCCCCGCAUCACCACACUGCCCCGACAAAAUCUCCAAAAAUCUUGCCAGAUAUUCUAAAGAAAAUUGGGGACACCCCCAUGGUCAGAAUCAACAAGAUUGGGAAGAACUUUGGCCUGAAGUGUGAGCUCCUGGCCAAGUGUGAGUUUUUCAACGCGGGCGGGAGCGUGAAGGACCGCAUCAGCCUGCGCAUGAUCGAGGAUGCCGAGAGAGAAGGGACUCUGAAAGCCGGGGACACCAUCAUCGAGCCCACAUCUGGGAACACAGGGAUUGGGCUGGCCCUGGCUGCCGCAGUGAAGGGCUAUCGCUGUAUCAUCGUGAUGCCGGAGAAGAUGAGUACGGAGAAGGUGGAUGUCCUGCGGGCCCUGGGGGCUGAGAUCGUGAGGACUCCCACCAAUGCCAGGUUUGACUCUCCCGAGUCACACGUGGGGGUGGCCUGGCGGCUGAAGAAUGAAAUUCCCAAUUCUCACAUACUGGACCAGUACCGCAAUGCCAGCAACCCCCUGGCCCACUAUGACACCACCGCCGAGGAGAUCCUGCAGCAGUGUGAUGGGAAGCUGGACAUGCUGGUGGCUUCGGCAGGCACGGGUGGCACCAUCACGGGCAUCGCCAGGAAGCUGAAGGAGAAGUGUCCCGGCUGCAGAAUCAUUGGGGUGGAUCCUGAAGGGUCCAUCCUCGCAGAGCCAGAGGAGCUGAACCAGACGGAGCUGACGGCCUAUGAGGUGGAAGGGAUUGGCUAUGACUUCAUCCCCACGGUGCUGGACAGGACGGUGGUGGACAAGUGGUACAAGAGCAACGAUGAGGAGUCCUUCGCCUUUGCCCGCAUGCUGAUUGCGCAAGAAGGACUGCUGUGUGGUGGCAGUGCCGGCAGUGCCAUGGCCGUGGCUGUGAAGGCUGCUCGGAGCCUGCAAGAGGGUCAGCGCUGCGUGGUCAUCCUACCUGACUCGGUGCGGAACUACAUGUCCAAGUUUCUGAGUGACAAAUGGAUGCUGCAGAAGGGCUUUAUGAAGGAGGAGGACCUCAUGGUGAAGAAGCCGUGGUGGUGGCAUCUCCGCGUUCAGGAGCUCACUCUGUCAGCCCCACUGACGGUACUGCCCACGGUCACCUGCGAGCACACCAUUGAGAUCCUGCGCGAGAAAGGCUUUGACCAGGCACCUGUGGUUGAUGAAUCAGGGGUGAUCCUAGGGAUGGUGACUCUCGGGAACAUGCUGUCAUCCUUGCUUGCUGGCAAGGUGCAGCCAGCAGACCAGGUCCGCAAGGUCAUCUACAAGCAGUUCAAACAGAUCCCCCUGACGGACACGCUGGGCAGACUCUCCCACAUCCUGGAGAUGGACCACUUCGCCCUGGUGGUCCACGAGCAGAUCCAAUCACGGGACCAGGCCUGGUCAGGAGUGGUGGGGGGGCCUGCAGACCACAGCAACGGGAAGUCCAGCAAGCGGCAGAUGGUAUUCGGGGUUGUCACCGCCAUCGACCUGCUGAAUUUUGUGGCAGCCCGAGAAAGGGACCGGAAGUGAAAGCUAGAAGUGUGGGUGGUGUGCACUCUGAUCCCGCUGUCUUCCUGCCGGCAUCGCCCUCCUCCCCUUUUGUAAACACCUAACACAUGUGACUCUUAGCACCCAGAGCUGGGUGUGGCUUCAGGGCUGACAGGUAGCAAGGAGCAGGAUCGGAUGGCUAGCUGGGGUUGCACAACCCUUAUAGUUUCCCCUUCGUUAUCACUGGCUACUGAAAUGAAUCUAUUUAUGGGUUUUUUAAUUAAAUGUGUUUUCCUUUCAUCUAACUUCCUCUUUAAAUGUUUCAGCAAGGGAAUAGUAAGAGAGAAGCUGGCCAGGUGGGGUGUUCGAAUGCCAUGGUUGGGGCAGAGUGGAUGAAGGCAGAAGGAAGCACCUUUCCCAGCGCAAACUUCAGCGUGGGGU